AUGGUAAUCUGUAAUACCAGAGAGGCGUGUGCUAUGGGCCUGCUGGAUUCAAUCGAGCUGGAUACUAAUGAAGAUGAAAGGGAGGAAGUGAUUGAGCAUGAAGGUUCGUCAAGUAGAAAACCAGAAACAAUAGAAGAAAAUGAGGAGGAGAAGAGUGAUGUGAUUGGUAGCGAUGCUACAUCUGGAGGAAUGUAUAAUGAAGAUGACGAAGAAGGCAGUGAGGAUAGGAGUGAAGAUAGGAGUGAAGAUGGGAGUGAAGAUGGGAGUGAUGAGGAUGAGUGUAUGGGACGGUCUAAUGGAUCCUUGGAAAUAGAAAUCCAUCCUGAAAAUGAAACCAGCGAGAUCGAACGUUCAAAGAGGAAUGAAGAAAAUAGCGGAUGGGCUGAAAGUCGUGAAGAAGAAGACGGACAACAGAAAGAAGAGGACGAAGAAGAGGACGAAGAAGAGGACGAAGAAGAGGACGAAGAAGAGGACGAAGAAGAGGACGAAGAAGACGACGAAGAAGACGAGCAGCAGAUUCUGUCGAGUAGUGACUCUGACGAAAGGCCCUCUGGUUUAGAAGAGUCCCUUGAUGGACAUUCGACGUCGAAUGAAAGGGAAACCAUUUCACAAGAGCUUCUUGAUAGAUUGCAUGAAUCUGAAAUAAUCGCUGAUACGCCAGGCAUUGACAAUUUCAAUUCUGCGUCACCGAAGAGCAGAACAGUCGACAGCCAAGAGAGAGAUCAGGGACAAUCACGAACCGAUAGAUCGGAUGACGAUCUUCGCCAGGAAUUCCUCAAAUUAGCGAAUCUGGCUUGGGGGGUUCCGCCAGUCGCCGUUCUCGAUGAAAUAGUUCAAGAUGACAUCGCUCGAGAAGAUCGAAGUAUCGCUAAACGUUUAGGCGGAUGGGAAACGUUUCUUCAAAUUAAAGACCAGCUGGCCGCAACUGACAAAGGUGAUACGCACGAUCUUAUUGAUGUUUAUCUUAUUGAUGUUUAUUAUUCUUAUUGA